AUGGUCGCACACUUCGACCUCCUCCAAACCCUCCAAACGUGGACCUCUCAACUCCCCUCUCAACUCCCCUCUCUCCCACCAUCUCUCACCAACCACCUACCCCUCCUCAGCCUCCCCACCAAAUUCCCCCUCGACCUCAACCUCAACCUCCCGACCAAUCUCCCCAAGUUCAACCUCCCUACCAAACUCACUUUCACAAAGUCCACCCUCAUCACUCUCCCAACAAAAUUCACCCUCAUCAGCCUCCCAACAACCAAAUUCGCCCUCCCUCGACUCUCCCUCGGCAAACUCUCCACCCUCGUCGAUCAAGACCAAGACCAACUGCUCAACCGCAUCUGGAUCGGCCUAUUGGUGCUUGAGGCGUUGUUGGUGUUGGGUGUGCUGUUGAGGGGGGUUUUGGGGGUUAGGUUUCGGUUUCGGUCGAGGCCGAGGUCUCGAUGGAGUGGUCGAGAGCUAAAGGGAGAUGGGAGGUAUGAGGAUGGGGAUGGGAGGUUGAUGUCACCUUGGAAUUCACCGAUGGGGUCGCCGAUUGGUUCACCGGUUGUGUCGCCGGUGGGUUCGCCGGUGAGGGGAGGGGGGUAUUAUAGGAGUGGGUACGGGCAGAAGGAUGGGUAUUUUGGAUAUGAGGGGUAUGAGUAUGGGUAUCGGGAUGGGUAUCAGAGGAGGAGGAGUUUGGGGGUUGGGUCUGGGAGGGGGGGGAUGGAGGAUGGGUAUGGGUGGGAGAAGUGA